AUGACGGGGCGUAUCACCACCCUCGAAGAGAGCAGUGCCAGCAACAAGACUGAGCGCGAGAACAUGCAUCGUCGCGUCACACAAGUCGAGAAGAAAGGGGUGGCCACUGACGAGAAGGUGAAAGCCCUCGCUAAGGAAGUUGCCGAGCUCAAAAAGGGGCCCCAGCGGGGUGCCCAAGGUGGCACUCUUGAUGCGUGGGCUGACUAUCGUGCGAAGCAUGGUCCGGCCCCUGGUAUGCCUGGGGGUGUACAGCCUGGUGGAAGUCGAGGAGAUCCCCCACCUCCCCCUGAUGGUGGUCACAGGGAUGAACUCUCGGAAGAAGACCGCCGGACAUUGAUUGUGGGUGGCUGGGCGCAAGAUAGCAAAAAGCAGACCAUCUUGGAAGAGAGCCGCACGUUCCUUGACCGCGACGGGGUGAAGAACCUUGUGGACCAGAAAGAGCUCAUCGUUUGGGGCCCAAGACGCUCUUUCGGGGUGUUAAAGUUUCAACUUCGUGAAGGAGAAGAACCGAAAGAGAUGCGCGACAGCAUGUGGGGUGUCAUACAAGCAGCUCGAAGCUCACCCGUCAGCCUCCCUUCGACGACGAACCUGGGGGUGACAAAGAACCUCUGGUGCAGCUUCACCAAGACGAGGGAGGCAAGGAAAAGGAGCGCCCAUGCUUCUAUGAUACGACGUGUUUGCCUGUCAAUGGUUGGGGAUGCAAGGGCUAACUCUGAAGCCCACAACAUGCUCGCUUGCACCGAUGGGUCGUACGAGAUUGACUGGGGGUCGGGCACUGUUUGGGUUGGCGAGUGGAAGCUGGGCUCAAGUGCACAUCGCCAACCACGGGGUGAAGACGUCAAAGUCAUUGGCUCUGGCUGGCUGGACCUCGCCGCGAUCUCAAGAGCGACUGGGGUGGCAUAUGAUGUGGCCUCGGCCGCAUUUGAACGGGAAGUACAGCGCGGUGUUUGUGGAUGGGAUGAAAACCAAACCGAUUGCUUUGCGUGGUUCACUCACAGGGAUGCUCAACAAUGGCGUGGCGUUGGGAUUGGGGUGGCAAAGGACCUCUUCGAUGCAGUGACUGAUAAGGUUGCCUGUGGACGGGGAGCUGCAUGGGUUGUUCGACUGAAGAAUCACAAACGUUUGAUACUGUGUUCGCUACAUUGCCCUACCGGGGUGACCGUCGCGAAGUACCACAAGGACGUUCAGGACUUCAAGCAGAUGCUUCGCAAGUGGCAUCCUGACCUCCCCAUCGUUGCUGGUGUGGAUGUGAAUGAACCUCUGGGGUGGAACAGUGAAAGCACGGAGGAUGCCUUUAUUAGCUCAGGGGCGAAAACUGACCGCCUGUUGGAAGUCACGUCGUCUCUUCGUCUUCGCGCCGUACUUUCCCAGGCGGAUGAGCGACACCUACCAACACAAUAUUCCCGGGAUGAAUGUCGCGAAGGGAGGCACAUCGACGCCGUCUUUGUCCGCCUGGUGGGGUGUGGAUCGGUUCGGGUACGUGCUGACAUGCGCCUUGAGAUCAACACUGACCACGCGAUGAUGGAGCUUCUAAUCGAAGUGGCUAAGACCAAACCUAGCACCUGGGUCGACACACGGCCUCGCUGGGUUGUGCGCGACUGUGAUGCUCUUCCUCCCGUCCGCAACUUUGAGGACAUCAAGAACAUCGUUGGGACGUUCACUGCCCCUCUUCAACGUCGACGUUACUGUGAGGAUGCUGAGCUAAAAGACAUGAUCUCCACCGCUAAACGCGCCCCAAGGGAUGAAAAGAAGGAGCUGUGGAAACGCGUUCAUCAUGCCCGCCGUCAUCGAAAAAGGGUGUGGCAACAGAAGCAAAUCACGAACAUCCUCUACGGCAAUUGGGGUGAAUAUCGUGACUACAAACAUGGCCUCAGAAAAGCCAGUUGGUGGGGUGGUCUCCUCUCGUCGAAAACCAGCACGGAUGUGGCUGCUGAAGUACAAGACUUCUUGGGCAACAAGCUUUGGGACGUAGCUCGUAAUUGGGACGUGGAACUUCGUCAUCGCCUUGCUCAAGUCGCCUGUCAACCCGCCGACCUGGUCCCGGUCAACAUCGAGGAGAUCAACACCGCUCUGCAUGGGAUGAAAAACCGCUCCGCAGUGGGGGCGGAUCGAGUCUGUGUUGAUCUUCUUCGUCGCCUUGCUGUGGAGCAGCCCGUGGCCAUGUGCGAUAUGUGUACCGAGAUCCUCGCUGGGGAGACUCAUCCGGAUGAUUGGGGUGUUUCGCUCCUUGCUCUUCUCCCAAAAUGUCAAACCCCUUCACAUCCGAAGGACCUUCGCCCCAUUGCUAUGGGUAGUGCCGCCAUGAAAAUGAUGUCCCGCCUGGUCAUGGGACGCACCUUCGGAGAACUGAGGGCACCCUCCUGCUGUGCUGCCUCCGGACGCGGACGACAGGCCGCUGACCUUAUUGGGGUGUUCACUCGUCUACGUGAUGUCUGUCGCGAAUGGAGACAAGGGGUGAUUGCCGUCAAGUUGGACGUUCGAGGUGCUUUCGACUUCAUUGAUCGUGGCUGCGUAGCGGACUUUCUACAGACACGACUUGACCACCCUGGGAUGGCACAUGAACUUCGGUUUCUACUGCUCCUCCUUGCGGAGAACACUAUGAGUGGGGUGGCUCCAGGCGGGAAAGAAGUUGCGGUCAAUGCCAACCGGGGCAUCCGCCAAGGCAGCCCUGAGUCUGCAGAGCUCUUUGGGAUGAUCGUCGCCCAUGAAUUGCAAUCUCUGCGCCUUGGCAGACGAUGGAAGUGCAGCAAGGCAGGCCUCAAGGACAUGCCCGUCGACGUGGGGUGUUUUCAGGACGAUAUCUUCCUGUGGGGGGACAACGCUGAUAAAAUCGAGAAGAAUAUCCAGCUCAUCGCGAUCAUGCUCGCCAACCUCGGGUUGUCCCUCUCGUCUGACAAGACAUGCAUCGUCACCAACGCGCACUACAAGGGGAGGAGAACACUUCUGGCUGAUGGUGAAAUAGUGCAGUUCCGGCCCCUUGGUUCUUCCGUCCGGGUGCUGGGGGUUGACUUCGACUUUGACGCGGGGGUGA